ACAACAUAGCCAAAUAUAGAACAAGUAAAGAAAAACAAAAAUUCUAUCAUGGGAACCCUUUACCAAGUUCCUCCACCUCUCCUACAAGACCUUAAGGUCACAAUUCAAGAUUCAAGUCUAAUUUUUUCACCAAAAGAAAGUGAAGAGAAAACAAUGUUUUUAUCUAACAUAGAUCAAGUCCUAAACUUUGAUGUUCAAACCCUACAUUUUUUUAACCCGAACCCAAAUUUUCCUCCAAAAAUUGCCUUUGAAAAGGUUAAAAUCGCGCUACAAAACUUGUGUGUAUCUUAUCAUUUCUUAUUUGGUAGGAUUAAACUAAAUUCAAAAAAUGGUCGAUUUGAGAUUAAUUGCAACAAUGCUGGAAUUGGGUUUGUAGUAGCUAGUAGUGAGCAUAGAAUGGAUGAACUUGGAGAUUUGGUUUACCCUAAUCCAUCAUUUGAGCAACUUGUAACCAAGAAAAUGGAUGAUACUUUGGAAGUUAAUGGUCAUCCUUUGUGUAUUGUUCAAAUGACAGCAUUUAAAUGUGGUGGGUUUGCAAUGGGUUUUUUGACCAACCAUGCAAUAUUUGAUGGAUGUAGCUUCAAGUACUUUUUACAAAAUCUAGCUGCAUUAGCAUGGGACAAACCCUUGCAAAUUGUACCAUGCAAUGAACGUACGUUACUUAUGGCUCGAGAUCCGCCACGUGUCACAUUUCCUCAUCCGGAAUUGCUUAAGCUUAAGAUCCCAAUAGGACAAGAAGGUGAAAGUGAACAAAAUUGUAAUGUCUUUGAUGCCAUCCCUCAUGAGUUAGAUUUUAAAAUCUUUGGUCUUUCUGGAAAAGAAAUUUCUAACCUUAAGGAAAAAGCUAAGAUGGGACCCACAAACGGAAAAGGAAAAGUAACUGGAUUUAACGUUGUGUCUGCUUUAGUUUGGAGAUGUAAGGCAUUGUCGUUUGAAGAAGAGGUGACAAAUCUUACAGAAAGGUCAUCAACCAUGCUAUUCGCUGUUGAUAUUAGGUCUAAGUUAAACCCUCCUUUACCACCAUCAUUCACCGGAAAUGCAAUAUUAACUGCCUAUGCCACGACUAAUUGUAAGAAACUCGAGGAGGCUCCGCUCUCGGAGCUCGUAGACUUGGUGACAGAAGGAUCAACGAGAAUGAACGACGAGUAUGCACGAUCCGCCAUCGAUUGGGGUGAAUUGUACAAAGGUUUUCCACAUGGGGAAUUCUUAAUGUCUUCAUGGUGGAGAUUAGGGUUUGAUCAGGCGGAGUAUCCAUGGGGAAAACCUAAAUAUUGUUGCCCAUUGGUGCACCAUAGGAAGGAUAUCAUCUUGUUGUUUCCUGAUAUUGAUAAAUCAAAUGAUGGGGUGAACAUUUUGGUUGCUCUUCCACAUAAAGAGAUGGCCAAAUUCCAAGGUCUAUUCAACAAGUUUCUAUAUUCUAGCCUUUAAUCGAGUGACUGUCUUUUAGUAUGACAGUUUUAUAUUAGCCUAUUUGUAUUAAUUGGACUAUUUAACUUAAGUAUGAGGUGCGUUUUAUGAAGAGACUGUCUUGUGAUAUAUGAUAUGAACUAUGUACUAGUAUCGAUUUGUAUUGGGUUCUUACCAAAAGAUUAGUUUUAGGGUUUCCACAUAAGGGUAUGUACGAGAAGCUAGCUAAAUUGAAGGUUAUUAACUUAUUGUGGUUAGGAUAUUGCUACAAUAAUUAAGUUGAACUUGAUUGUUGUACUAAUGUCAAUAUGGUAUUAAUAUGUUAUUUUAGUGUGUUAAUCAUGUGUUAAUUCUAAUCUAAUUAAUUUGUUAUUUAUAAA